AGCUGCACUCGUGCCUGAUGUAUCCUGCAAAAUGACGCACACCCCUGAGAUUGGCCCCUCAUUGCCCGAUGUUUGUCGGGGCUAUCCCGACUUUAGGUCGAGAUCACUUCGGGGCACGUUCCGGAAAAUUUGUCGCUUCGCUCCAAAUUUUUCCGGUAGUCCCCGGAAAAAUCCCUGACACCCGAAAUUUGAAGCCUAUCCCCUCCGGAAUCCGGAGGGGAUGGCCAACCCUGGGUCCAGAUGGUUAGGUCUGUCAUUUGAGAAUGCUGCAGCCACUGCCAAGACCAUGGAGUGGGCUAAGCUGUACUGUUUCCGUGGGGAGUCACCGGCAUCUACUACGUCGGCUAUCAAGAACUUUACUCAGGCAAUGCUUGCUCAUGGCAAGGAAGUAUGCAAGGGUUACAAUGGGUUCUUUGGGUGGCUUGCUGUCGACGCAAUGGCCAGUGCCGGUGGUGCCACAGUUAUGAAAGUAUUUGAGCUGACGCAUAUUUAUAGCUGUGGUGAAUGCCCUGACUGCUUGGGACAGACUGGGAAAAUCGAGUGUCAGGGUACAAUGGGGCAACAUUUCUUUCUUGGUG